AUGUGUGUGCGUUCGAAAAUAGCUGCAACAUCAAAAAUGGUAAGUGUGUAAUCAUGCUCUUGAGUUCAGUGACGUAGUAAGGAAGGGGUUACGGUAGUGUUAAGAAAAGUUUGAAAUAGGCCUAAGGAUAAGGCUGGUUAAACAAGGGUAGAUUAUAAGGAAAUGAAAAUCUAGAACAAAUGCUAGAGGCGUGGGCUAUGGCUCUGGGCAAGGGAGUCGGGUUAGAACUUUGGGUCAGAGCUCUGGAUACUGGCCUAAAGCCUUAGGCUAGGAUUUUUGGCUAUGGCUCUCUGGACUAGGGCUUUCUGGUCUAGGGCUCUCUAGGCUAGGACUUUCUAGGCCAAGGCUCUUAGCUAGGGCUCUGGGCUACGGCUAUUGCUAACGAUAAGGCUUGGGAGGAUACACCAAACAUAUUAGUUUGUUCAAAUAAUGUUUUGCCUCUUCUCAAAGUAAAUUUUUGGAGUUAGGGGGCUAGCCAUGAAGAACGGACCGUGCUAGUCUUAAGCAAACUUUAGCCCGGGCCCUACACUCAGACUCGAACCGCCCCAAAAUUCAGCCAGGCUUGUUCCCGUACUCUGUCUCACGUCUAUAAGAUGGCCCUCUGGGCUAGGGCUCUGGGCUAGGGCUUUGAGCUGGAGGUACAUUAAACAUAUUAGUUUGUUCAAGUAAUUCUGUGCUUCCUUUCAAAGAAAAUUUUUGCAUUUAGGGCACAGAAAUAUUUGAAAAACUUAAUUAAAAUUUUUUUUGUAGUUUUAUGUUUAUUUUAGAUGCCAGAAACUCUUGCCGUGCUUGUCGAUUGCGCAUCUGUCUCGAAAAGGGGGCUACAGCCAGUUUGUAAGUCAUUUUAAAAAUUCUUUUUAUUUUGUAAAAAACUUUUUUUUUGAAAAAAUGUUUUUUGGCAGAUCAAGUACUGUUUAUACAUGUACAAUACCUAAUCCUAAACCUAGCAAGUUUAUUUUCAGUAGUUCACAGCGACCGUGCGUGCGACACAGACGCUUUAAGGUUUCGUCGAAAUUCGCGGAAAAACCAGUCUAUUCCCUCGGACCCAACGCCAUUUCUCGUUGUUAAAGUUGAAGCCGCUGAUGAAGAAGAUGAAGCCGGAUCUAGGCAAGGGUACUUUGGCAGCUCUAGAAGUCUUGAACAGUCUUCACGACAUUCUGAAGCCGGAAUUCUUCCAGGAUGUUCUAAAGCUUUACGUUACUUAGGACCUGGCCAAGCUUCAGGGUUUUAUGAAGCGGGCCAAGCUUCACGGUAUUCAGAAGCUGGUCAAGCUUCAAGAUAUUCAGAAUCUACGCAAAUCUCAAGACAUCCUCACCAAAAGUCAAAGCCUUCUCAGCUCUCACGAUACCCACAAAAAUCAGAAUCCGCCCUACGUGAAGAAGCUCAGUACGAAUGUAACAUUAUACUCGCCUCAACCUACCACCUCGGCCAAGACUCAAAAGCACCCUUAGGCUACAAAAAGGUGAUCCCAUGGUUCAAUCGUCAGAAUCCGGCAUCCGUAGUCAAAUACCUCUUCAUGGUUGACCAUUUCGUCGACACCUACUGUGAAAACACCUCACCACUAUUAACGACCAACGUCAAGUUCAGUAUGGACCUCGUAACUGAAGACGCAUUUUUGGCGGGUGCUGGCAAACUCUGUGACCGUACUCUGAUACUGUACGAGCCUCAGUUCUACUGUAAAACCGAGGAUUUUUCAAAGAUUUGGUGUCGUACUUGUUUGCACUACAUCGACUGGGUAUCGCAUUUGCCCGAGCUGGUGGAGAUGGGGGUGGAUGACAGAUUGAAGAUGGUUGUUGGGAGAUGUGUACCUAUGAUGUAUCAUAUGGUGGCUUAUAGGUCAAAAGACUUGAAAAAAAGAUGCAUUCCGUUGAGUAGUGGAACUUAUGUGCCAUUGGAAGAGGAUGAAAUGAAGGAAUAUCAGGAUAAAUAGUAUGUUUUUUUUGAACGUACUAUAUAGUACAAUACUUAAAUUUAAAAAAAUACUUUAAAAUUUAAAAUUUUCAGCAUUUUAAAUUUAAGACAAACCUCAAAUUUUAUUUUUUUGUUACAACGUACUAUAUAUAAUAGUACGAUACUAAAAAAAUUUUCGAAGUUUAAAUUGUGAAAAAAAUGCUGUGGAUGUUUUAAAAAGUAAAAAAAAUUAAAUUUUAGCUUUUUCUCACCACGUACUAUAUAGUACAAUACUGAAAAAGUUUUCGAAUACCAAGUUUCAAAGAAAAAACUAACGUAAAUGUUUUAAAAUUUACAUAAAAAAAUAAAAUUUUAGGUUUUUAUCAUUACGUACUAUAUAGUACGAUGCUAAAAAAUUCUUAAAACAUCAAAUCCUGAAAAACCAUAAUACUAAACGCUUUAAAAUUAACAAAAGAAAUAAAAUUUUAUCGUUUUUUCUAUUACGUACUAAAUAGUACGAUACUAAAAAAUUUAAAAAAAGACAAUUUUUCAAAAACCAUAGUACGGCACGCUUUAAAAUUUACAAAAAAAAGAUAAUCUAAACGUUUUUUCAUCACGUACUAAAUAGUACGAUACUGAAAAUCAUCUUUCUUCCAAAAUUUAAACUUCCAUUUUCAGCCUCCUCCCAGUUUAUUCCGAAAUCGGCAACCUAAUGUGGGAGAACUACAUUGAUCUGGCAAAAGAGAUGAAUGUCACAAAUUCCGAAUUUCAAAUCCUUAGAGUACUAGCCUUUUUCAUUUUCGUCCCCGGCUUGUCGAAGGAAGGACGAAAGGCUGUGCGCAAAGCACAGGCCUUCUAUAGUAGUGUUCUGUUGGAUGUGAUUCGAACGCAUAAUCCUCAACUUAACGAACAGCAAAUCACUGAAAGAAUCUCGGCUUUAUUGUGUUUGGUACCUAAUCUUGAAGUGAGUUUUAACGAGGUUUUGCUUUAUUCUUUAUGGUUAUAGUUUUAAGCUUAGGCUUCGGUUGAAACUUAGGUUUAGUGGACAUGACUUAGGCCUAAAAAGCUUAGACUUUUAUGAACCUUAUAGCUUAGGCUUAGUAGGCUUAAGCUUAGUAGGUUUAGGCUUAGUAGGUUUAGGCUUAGUAGGCUUAGGCUUAGUCGGCUUAGGCUUAAAAGGGUUAAGCUUAGUAGGCUUAGCCUUAGUAGGUUUAGACUUAGUAGGCUUAACCUUAUUAGGCUUAGGCUUAGUAGGCUUAGGCUUAAUAGGCUUAGGCUUAGUAGGCUUAGGCUUAGUAGGCUUAGGCUUAGUAGGCUUAGGCUUAGUAGGCUUAGGCUUAGUAGGCUUAGGCUUAGUAGGCUUAGGCUUAGUAGGCUUAGGCUUAGUAGGCUUAGGCUUAGUAGGCUUAGGCUUAGUAGGCUUAGGCUUAGUAGGCUUAGUCUUAGUAGGCUUAGGCUUAGUCGGCUUAGGCUUAAAAGGGUUAAGCUUAGUAGGCUUAGCCUUAGUAGGUUUAGGCUUAGUAGGCUUAGCCUUAUUAGGCUUAGGCUUAGUAGGCUUAGGCUUAAUAGGCUUAGGCUUAGUAGGUUUAGGCUUAGUAGGCUUAGGCUUAGUAGGCUUAGGCUUAGUAGGCUUAGGCUUAGUAGGCUUAGGCUAGUAGGUUUAGGCUUAGUAGGCUCAGGCUUGGUAGGCUUAGGCUUAGUAGCCUUAGUCUUAGCAGGCUUAGGCUUAGUAGGCUUAGGCUUAGCCUUGUGGGUUUACGCUUUUCAGACUAAACUUUCAUUUCUUUAGCCCACCUCUCAAAUCGAAGACAAUCACUUCACUGUUAUGACCAUGUUUAAUAUCAGCAACAUGAAAACCAACUUGAUGCACGAGUUUUACAUUCAACGUAAAAUGAGGUCGUAUUGA